CAACUAAGUGGGGCUUUUCUUGGGUCUCUCUUUCCCUUCUAUCAAACUCAAAUGUCAAUUUAUUGCUAAUAUUUAUAGUCUUUUGGUUACAAGGCCGGAAGCUAUAUGUUCAUAUUUGACCUUACCAGGUUUCGAGAUCACGCUCUUCACUUGAAUACCUGGAAUAAACACAGAAUCAGUUCUUUCAGCACUUUGAUGUUGUCUUCGCUGCAAGUUGUUUUCUCCAGCAUGUGUUGCUCAUGUCACCGAUACGACCCCAGACUGCAACCAUCGUGUCAUUGUCUUACAUCCGAAAUACCUGCUGAUGCUAUUGAAAGCCAUGCGCAUAUUUUGCAUGACUCCGAAGUACAGCACCAGUUUAUAAGCACCUAUACUGCCCGGAAUAAUGAGGAUCAUUUAGUAGAGGAUAUUAGAGCCACGAAGUAUGAUUGGCUGAAGCUGCUGUAUUGGAACAGUUUCCGAGGAAUCAUGGUUCCUUGUCUGGUCUCUACAGCAUUAAAAUUGGUACUCCAGAUUCAAAAGCUUCAUGAGGCAUUGGGCGCGGGGUUCCCAUUCAGCAUAAGUAUACAAAGAAAGUCUAUUCACGGGGUUUGAUGAUUUAAAGUGUCCAUUCCCGUCUAAUACGAGAUAUCCCCGGAAUAAGCUGUGUCUUGGUUGACUCGGGAGCUUA